CGUGAGAGAGGGAAUAAUGAAGGUCCCCACGAGAAACGACUCAACAGAAAACACUCACGCUCUCGGUAGAGGCAUUCUAACCGUCCACUCUGUUGCCACGUCAUCUAUCCGCGCCGUUUCGUGCUUGGACGGCCGAGAUCGCGCUUCCAGAGCUACUGAGAGAGAAACGAUGAAGAUCAUGGACGAGGAAAGAGAGAAAGAGAAGGAAAUUAGGGUUUUGAAUGGCAAAACCCAUGAAAAUCAUGAUGUUGAUGAUGGUGGCGACGAUGAUGAUGAUGGCGACGAUGACGAUGAUGAUGAUGGGGUUGAUGAGAUUGUGGUGCCGGACGAUGAUGAUGACGAUGACGAUGAUGACGAUGAUGAGGAUGAUGAUGACGACGAGGAUGACGAUGAUGAUGAUGUUGAAGAGGUUUUACCUUCCAGCGGCGGUCCUCAAGUCCUAUCGGUAGAUGAUGACGACGACGACGAUGAGGACGGGACUGAUGAUGAUGAUGAUGAUGAUGAUGAUGAGGAUGGUGAUGAAGAAAAGGAAGAGGAGGAUAUGGGAACCGAAUACCUUGUCCGACCUGUGGGUCGGGCAGAAGAUGAGGAGGAUGCUAGUGAUUUUGAACCCGGGGAAGAAAAUGAUGAAGACGAGGAUUUUGAUGAAGAAGAUGGCGAUGCUGGAAAGGAUGAGGUCUCAGCAAAGAGGAAGCGGUCAAGUAGAGAUGAUUCUGAUGAUGAUGAUGGGGGCGAGGAUGACGAGAGACCCUCGAAGAGGUAGGCCCUGUAGGUUGAAGACUAAUGCUACUGUUUCCAUUGACAUAGGUGAAGCUCCCCUAACCCACUCUGCCAAAGAUGGUACAGAUUUCUCUCUUCUUAGUGUUGUGGUUGAAAAUUUGCGUCUUGGCGUCUGAUUAUGUCUCUCUUUUAGAAACUGGUUUUACUGAUGUGGAAAAAGUCUAGCAAUGUACAAGGUAGGAACUUUUAGAUGUGAUGUGAGGGAGGUUAUCUGCUUGCUCAAAUACAGCUUAUGGAUGUAUCAUUUCUUUCUCA